UGCAUUGUGUGUCUAUUUUGGACCCCAUUUUUAAGUAGCUUCAGCUACUUUAUGCCCAGACUUAUCCAUCUGUCGGUCUGUCCAUCAGCAGGAUAUCAGGAGAACGGAUAGAGAUAAUCGAAAUCGGUGUUCGCUAUCAUACAUAUGACCCCAAGGGGAGUCUCUUUUUAGUCACGAAAUCAUUCAAUACAGCAACAACUGGUCGUGAGACGACUUAUUUUACGGGUUAUUUGUAUAAAAUCCCAAAAGAAUCAGUUUUCACAAGUCAACUUUACAUAAAUCAUCGCUGCAAACAUUUAUUUAUUCAGUUCCAGUCGUACUCCGAAACUGAUUGAUUGCUGUGAAACAUUACACGAAUAUUUCUCAUAACGAAGCACUCUCCGAAUGGAGAACUUGGGUUUACACCUUCUGUUGGUCAUUUGGACCUUAAUUUGUGUUAUCUCGUACGCUUGUAUGACACUAACCCGAAGAGCAAGAUUGCUGUCGAGGUUUCCAUGUCCGGGAAAGUUUCCUAUAGUGGGAUCGAUUCCUUACAUGCUUGGUCCGAUUGAUGAUGUUGCCAUACGUUUUGAAAAUUUGAUUAAAAAAUUUGGAAAACGUGUCGUAUUAUGGUUUGGUCCGAAGCCUAUCCCUGUCGUGAUACUUGCAGAGGCAGAUGGGGCACAAAAGGUCCUGUCUUCCGUCAAGUAUAUCGACAAAGGCCUCAUUUACUCAGAAUUCAAAUGGCUCUUGGGCACAGGCCUCCUCACUUCGAGUGGACAGCUUUGGAAAGAUGACAGAAAAUUACUUGGCCCUUCCUUCAACUAUCAAAAACUUACUGGAUUUCUCCCCUCUUUCAACAAACAAUCCAGAACUCUGGUCGAAAUACUGACAAAACUUCCGUACCAAGCGACAAACCUGUAUCCCCUGUUGGCCAGAGCAACAAUGGACCUGAUCUCAGAGUCGGCUUUGGCACUAGAUACGAACUACCAAGUUAACGGUAACGAUAACGAAUAUUUAGCAGCAACAAACAUGGCGCUGGAUUCGUUGCAAUUGAAGUUCGCUAGACCUUGGUUGGCACUUUCCCCAUUUAUUUGGGACCGAUUUGGUUUAGGAAAACAGGAUAAAAUUUGUUUGAAUUUUUUUAACCAAGCCAUGUCGGAGUCAAUUGAAAAACGCAAGGUAGCUUUGGCUCUGGGGGAAAAGACGAUGUCAGAAACGGAUCAAAACUACUCCAUCCAGAAACCUUUUAUUGAUGUGCUAUUGGAUUCAAAAUCAGAGAAAGAUAUCAUGCAUCACAUUUUGACAAUAUUCGGGGGGGGAUUUGAGACCACAGCAAGCGCGAUGAAUUACACCUUAUUUCUCCUCGCUGUGAAUUCAUCCGCUCAAGAAAAAGUGCAAAUUGAGUUAGACUCCAUUUUUGAGGACGACAUCAACCGUGACGUCACAUUAGGUGACUUAUCAGACAUGAAGUAUUUGGAAAUGUGUAUCAAGGAGGCGUUAAGAAUAUACCCACCGGUACCAAUCAUUGGUCGCAAUGCCCAGGAGGAUAUUCCUCUCGAUAACGGACAAAUCGUACCGAAAGGAUCUCAGGUUUUUAUCAUAAUCCGCGAAAUCCUGCGAGAUCCGCUACAUUUCCCUCAUCCAGAAGUGUUUAAUCCGGACCGGUUUCUCCCAGAUGAAUGCACAGCUCGCCAUCCAUACGCAUACAUCCCAUUUUCGGCUGGCCCAAGAAAUUGCUUAGGAAUGAAGUACGCCAUGAUACAAAUGAAAGCUUGCCUGGCUCACAUACUUCGCCGAUUCCAUGUAUCCACUAACCAGAAACCGGAGGAUAUCAGUCUCCUUUACCGGGCGGUUCUGACACCAAAACCAAAAUUGGAAAUUGUUCUAACAUCGAAAUAAUUCUGAUAAACUUCCCGAACUCAAAUUAAAUUGAUCAAAAUUCUUAGAAUUAUUCUGCUAAUACAUUAUUGCAUUUAUUAUUUGGUAAAUGUACAAUUUUGCAUUUUACAUUUUACAUUUUAGUUUUUAAUAAAACAAACGUUUUUUGAGCUAAUA